AUGGAGAGGGUCUUCUGUCUAGGAAUGAAAGGAAAUAUGAGGGCUAUUCAAGAUCCAGAUCACAUCAUGUUAACACCUUAUCGAGAACAUUACCGGCCGACCGAUGAGUACAUUGCUCAAAUUGCCUACUACUGGCGCCUCGUCCUGCUGAGUAAACCCAAGAUCUCUGCGAUAAAGAAGGAACUACCUGCAGAAAUGCCAGCCUGGGGGAAGAUACGAAUCGAAGGAGGGCGCACAACUAUCCGUACUUCGACUGUCUCUGAACUCAGCCACAAUUUCCGCCUCUCUUCAUAUUAUGCUAGCGAAUAUGUGAAUGAAGCAGGAAACCCAGUAGACGUCAUCUCAUACGGAGAGUUGAACGUUGUUCUUGUCUGCUCUCUUCCAGACAUCGCCCUUUUCGAAGGAUACGCAGGAAAGACCUAUCUCUUGGCCAUCGUCACUCCAUGCAAGACACGAGGAAAAGAUGCAAGGAAAGAACUCACCUCAUACAAAGCCAUGCACGCUCCAGUCGCUAUCGACAUGCGGAACAUCCAGGCAGUGACUGGGAGAGCUCAGCGCAGCCAACAGUGGUGGAUUCUCGACAGAUUUGAUGCUGCUAUCCCAACCUUCGACGAGUUAAACGAGAAAAACGCGCCAGACAAUGCAUCAGAUGGGGAGGGUGAAGCGGAGCAAGAAGAAAUGGACUGGUCGGAUUGA